ACUAAACCAAUAUGGUGGACGGUAGUGAAACUGAACAAAACGGAUGUCAUAUAUUUGAAAAAUUCAAAACACAUUUCCCUUCCUUUUCCACGAAAAAAGAUAAAUAUAUAUUAGUAGACAAUUAAUUAUAUGGAAUUUUUGUUGUUCAUGAUUAUGUAAGAUAAUUAGAAUUGUCCCAGAUGGCGGCGAGAGAAGUUAAACUAUGUUUGCUUGGAGACUCUGGUGUAGGAAAAUCCAGUAUUGUACUUCGGUUUGUCAGAGAUCAGUAUAAAGAAAACUUAGAGAGCACCAUAGGUGCAUCGUUUAUGACAAAACGUAUAAUUGUUGAUGGAAAUUCAUUUGUAUUCCAAAUCUGGGACACAGCUGGGCAAGAGAAGUAUAGAGCUCUGGCCCCCAUGUAUUAUAGAGGUGCAUCAGCUGCUAUUGUUGUUUAUGAUGUAACAAGGGAGUCAUCAUUUCCUGGUGUUAAGGACUGGAUUAAUGAGUUAAACAAGAAUGCAUCAGGGAAUAUUGUCAUAGCAAUUGCUGGCAAUAAAUGUGACUUGGAGGAUCUCAGAGAAGUUGAUACAAAGAAAGCGAAGGAUUAUGCAUUGGAUAUAAAUGCAAUAUUUACAGAGACAAGUGCUCUAACAGCAGUAAACAUACAACAGCUGUUUGAAACUAUAGCGAGGAAAUUACCUGCAGAAGAUAUAUACCGGCCGCGUCAUCUUGGCGUCAGUUUAGGUCAGACUCAUAAGCCGGAAGAACCAGAACAGAAAAAACGUUCAUGUUGUGGCGGCGGGAAGAAAAGCUGAUAUAUCAUUAUGUUCUUUAGAAAUAGUUAUUAUUUAUAUCAUAAACUACUGUAUUUGUCUAUAUUGAUGUGAAUGACAGAAUGGUGCACGCAAACUUGACAAGAUUGGAUUUGGAAUGAUGUAAUUUAUAUUUAUUGGAUCACAAUUAUUGUAAUUUCCAAUGUUAUAUGUUAGGAGCUAUUUUGGGGUCACAUUUCAUUGUGUUAGUUUAUUAUAAAUUAAACCUUGUUUAAGUGCUAGAUGAAGCGAUUUCCCAUCCUUAGCUUCUGUAGUUUAUCCCCUCUUAUCAUGAUAUUUAUAAGGAGGAGAUAACUGUUUCUUGCAGGCUUGUUCUGGUAUAGAAUCAG